AUGAAGUCUGUUUCCAUCUUAGCCCUCUUGGUUCUCUUUGUAGUGGUUCUUGAAACGUCGAAGAUAAAAGCCAACAAAAAUGCGUGUUACGAGGAAUACAAUCCCACUGGAGAUGAUACACCUGAUUUCCUUCUUUGUAGGGUUCCGAUCUAUCCAUCUUUGUGUUAUAAAAAGUGCCUAGAAACUCGAGAAGGCGCAAAAGGUGGGAAAUGCGAUUUCGAGAUCAAUCCUGAAGAUACUAAAUGCUUUUGCAAUUACUGCUCUGAUGAUUCCACUCCAUUGUACUUAACCAAACCAACCGAUGCUUAG